AACGAAAAAGGAAGCCGUUUACAUGACGAAAUGACCAAAUCAAACGGACACAUUUCUGACCGUAAAGCGAUCUACUGAAAGGCUGCUGUGUUUUGCAGUGUCAAAAUUAUUGAGGACAAUUCAUGGUAUAAAUGAGAUAAUGCCAAGAACACUUCAUGAUGAGUUAUGCUGAAAAGCCAGAGGACAUAACACGAGAGGAGUGGAUGGAAAAGCUAAAUAAUGUUCAUAUUCAGCGGGCAGACAUGAAUCGGCUCAUUAUGAAUUAUCUGGUGACAGAGGGGUUUAAAGAGGCAGCUGAGAAGUUCAGGAUGGAAUCAGGCAUUGAACCAAGUGUUGAUCUGGACUCUCUGGAUGAAAGGAUAAAAAUUAGGGAGAUGGUGCUGAAGGGACAAAUUCAAGAGGCCAUUGCACUGAUAAACAGUCUGCAUCCUGAGCUGCUGGACACUAACCGAUAUCUGUACUUUCAUCUUCAGCAACAACACCUGAUAGAGUUGAUUCGCCUGCGGGAAACUGAGGCUGCAUUGGAGUUUGCACAGACACAGCUGGCUGAACAGGGAGAGGAAAGCCGAGAGUGUCUGACAGAGAUGGAGCGCACCCUCGCACUCCUGGCGUUUGAUAACCCAGAAGAGUCGCCCUUCGGUGACCUGCUUAACAUGAUGCAGAGACAGAAG